AUGUGGAUUGGAUCGCUCGAGGCCAACUUUGGCGACAGACGCAGAGUAUGGACAAGAGAGGGCUGGGACAUGCUGUUGUCAGAGUCACAGGUCUGUGCCGACUUGCCAGUUUUUCACUCCCUAGCUCGCAGAAACCUAUCCAGAGGCCAGGCCGUCAUGCUCAACCGUGACCCGGAGACAUGGUACGAGAGUGUUCUGAGCAGUGCAUACCCUUCAUUCCUAGCCACAGUUCAAGCUGCAGACAACGGUUACCUCGAGUCUUCCCCUAGAUGGGCCAUGGCAUGGCCUCCUGGCCCAAACAUCUACGCCACUCAUUUCACGGCUUCCGAAUACUUUGGCAAGGGGCCUACGGUGGCGAUACCUGAGACAUUCAGACUGGACCAGACUCUACAAAUCUCCGUCCAGAGCCCCAACCACACGCCCUUCAUACCGUGCAGCACUUUAGCUUUUGGCUUUUGCUGGAAGGAUGACCCUCACGACCUAUGGUGA